AUGGGCGUCGCGUUCGGGUGCUUCGGAGGCUGCGUGCAGAAGAGCGACGGAGGCCGGCAAGCAGUGCAGGACCCCAAGCCCGUGAUGGAACCGUCGUCGAGCUUCGACUUCCGGGAGGAGUACACCAGCGCGUUCCGCACCGAGUCCUACAACGACUUCUGGGCGCGCGUCCUGGACAUCACCCUCGCGCACGGCGCGGGGCUGGUGCCGCGCCCUGGCGGCGGCGGCGGCGGCGUCACGGCGUCCAAGCGCCUCCCCUCCUACCGCCUCUUCGCGGAGCAACUCCUCGAGCCGGACCAGCGCGCCGUCCGCGCGGCCCUCGCCUCGCCCCGCAGCGGCCAGCUCCACCCCAGCGUGCGCGACCUCCUCGCCACCUACUACAACGAGACGGCGAGCGCGUCGUUCCUGUGCAGCCACCUCCUCAGGGACAUCGAGCAGAUCCGCCUCCGGUACCACCCGCUCAAGACCACGCUCCGCAAGCUCGCCCGCGACGUCGGGGUGUCCAACCUCGCCGACGUCUCCGCCGCCCUCGGCCAGCCCUUCGCCGCGCUGGCCGUGUCGCAGGGCAAGCUCCGGCAGGUGCAGCUCAGCUCCGCCGACCUGCUCAGGAGCCUCGACGCCAGCAGGAAGAAGGCGCGGCUCCGGAUCAAGAGCCUCGCCCGGCUUAGGCAGCUGCUCUCGGCCUCCUUCAUCACCGUAGUCGCCGCCGUGGCCGUCGUGGGCGCGUUCAUCGGCGUGCACAUCCUGGCCGCGUUCGCCGCGUUCCCGAUGAUGUCGCCGGCCUUGCUGGGCCUCUUCUCCGGCCGAUCGGUGCGGCGAGCACUGGUGCAGCUGGAGGCCGCGGCCAAGGGCACGUACAUACUGAACCGGGACAUGGACACCAUCAGCCGCCUCGUGGCGCGGCUGCGCGACGAGGGGGAGCACAUGCUCGCGCUUCUGCAGCUGUGCGUGGAGCACCGCGUCGCUGCCGGCGAGAAGGGGAGGCUGGUGCAGGAGGUGCUGAAGCAGCUGUGCAAGAACGAGGAGAGCUUUAGGCAGCAGCUGGACGACCUGGAGGAGCACCUCUUCCUGUGCUUCAUGACCAUCAACAAGGCCAGGAGCAUGGUCAUGAAUUUCAUAGCUGGCGCAGAGCACAACUCUAGUUGA